UUCUGACAAAAAUUUUAUUUGCACACAUUAUAUUCUUACUUCGUUAGUCUAAUUUAAUAAUUUAAGACUUCUAAAAAGUACAUAUUAAAAAAUGCGCUGUCAUAAUAUAUUAUUAUUAAUAUGUAUAUUUAUAUGUAUUACAUCAGUAUUGGCCGGAAAAAAAGGUCGUGUCAAAAAAGUGAAAGACAAAUCUUCAUCAAAAUCUACUGAGGUUAAAAUUAGUAACGAUGAAACGUUGACAGACUCCAUUAAUAAGAUCAAUUUAAGUGACAAAACCGAUGUGAAGUCACCUACUACACAAGAAGAGAAUAAUACACUAGAAACACAAGAUACACUUAUACAGGAAGACAAUAAUACGCCAAAAACACAAUCUACACUUAUAAAGGAAGAGAAUAAUACAUCAAAAACACAAUCUACACUUAAAAAGGAAGAAAAUAAUAAACCAGAAAACCGACCUUCGCUAUUAAAGAGUGAUAUAACAACUGAUCAAAUUAAUUUGCUUACGAGUAUUUAUAAUGUAGUGACUUCUAACGGUACGGAAAAAUUAACUGUUGACAUUUUGAAAUCCAUUUUUACAACGCUUGAACAGAAAAAAAGCGAUGAGGAAUAUAGUACGAUAAUGAAAUUCCUUGAUUCUAAUGAUGACAGUGAAACUCAUCUAAACAGAUUUUUGAAACUAUUUAACUUAAAUAGUCGUCAAACACAAAAAGAAGAAAUAAUGUCGUCUACACAUAGUAUAGAAGAUAUGGAAGUAUUUAAGAUAAUAUCAAAGGGAAAGAGUUCUUUCAAUAUGAAUGAUUUAAAUCGUUUCGGAGGAAAUAAGAUGAGAAAAUCACGUUGUCUACAAGAAAGCAUUCAAUCUUUAAGACAAAUUACCCACGAUAAAGGCGAAGUUACAUUUGAAGAUUUUUGCAAAAUGUGGAAUGGUGGUAAUAACAACAAUUGAAAAUUAUUUGAUGUAGCAAAUUAUAAUUUAAAAAAAUACUUUUAUUUUGUAUUGCUAACAAUGAUUUAUAUUUUAUUAUAUACUUUUUAAUAUACUCUCCAUUAAAAUUUAAUUUUUAAUUUA